AUGCACCAAGCCAAGAUCCAACCAAUUCAAGUCGAUUUCGUCCCUUUACACACCAUCAAGCGCAUUCCAUCCGGUUUCAUUUGCUCGCUUUCCCUUCGCAACCCGUAA